AUGGGUAAUGGAAACAUUUCAACAUGUGUAAAUGCUGUUAGAAAUAUAGUUAGUAGUUUGUGGUCUGCUGUGAGGAAUGAAUGCUUGUCAAAAGAAGCUAAACAGUUUAUUAGGAAGAAUGCAGUUCUGCUCAUUUUGUUGUAUGUAAGUGAGAGUCAGCCCAUGCUGGAAAGAUACAAACAAGUGCAGGAAGGUGCCACCGUCUUUGAAGACCAUUCAAAAACUACAAUAAGGGUCUGUGAAAAGCAGCUAAUUGCUCCAGACCUCAAACGUGGAGCUCUAGCAUGCUCAGAAUGUCGUAUGGUGCUCUCCAAUCCCACAGGAGUUUUUACCUCUCCUUGCUUCCCCAAUAAUUAUCCCAACAGUCAAGAAUGCACGUGGACCAUCAGGGCUCCUUUUGGAUACAUCAUUCAGAUAACAUUUGUUGAUUUUGAAAUUGAAGAAGCUUCUGGCUGCAAGUAUGAUUUUAUAACUUUGGACACUGGAGUCAAAGCCAAAGGAAAUAAUUAUUGUGGUAUGACUGCCAAAGGUUUAUCGUUUAAUUCAUCUAGGAAUGAAAUGACUGUAUUUUUUAAAAGUGACUUUAGCAUCCAAAAAAAAGGCUUCAAUGCUAGUUAUACCCGAAUUGCUGUAUCUUUGAAGAAUCAAAAGGUGGUCAUUCCACAAUUUCUAGACGCUGAUUCUGUCUCUCUGGCAAAUUCCAUCCAAGUACCAGAACUUAAUCAGUUCACCUUGUGCUUUGAAGCAACGGCAAACAACAGAAAUAACCGUGACUGGAAGGCCUUCUCCUAUGGUGAUUCCUCUGUGGAAUUCUUCAGCUUUGGGAAAACAAAACAGGGGCACUUUAUUUUGAUCUCAGACAUAGAGUGUUUCUUAAACGACGCACUUGACGUUGGUCUAAAUGAGGACUUCUUCACGGAAACGUUUGAAGAGCUUUGCAUUAUAUGGGAUAGCUUGUCAGGCACUGUAGGUGUAAACGUCAAACAGAUGUAUAAAACGGUCCAUUGUUCAGGUACUUAUGGAAAAGUGAUUCCUGGUAAUGGGAAGUUGGUUCUGGGUUCUGACAGAGACGACAUAAGCCCUCUCACUGGAGAUAUGUACAACUUCCGGCUUUGGAAUUUUACAAUGAAUCCCCAGUCUCUUUUCAACCUCAGCUGUGAUGAGAAAGGCAACAUUGUCGACUGGGAAAAUGAUUUCUGGAGUAUUCCAACAACGUUUCUAAAAGCAGAAAACAACCUGAGUUGUGGCUCAUAUCUCAUUCCCUCGCCUACCACUGAACCAACUAGCUGUGGCGACUUAGGAAGCCUUUGCCAAGCUACUGUAAGUUCAACCACUCCAUCACCCACUGUUACCACUAACAUGCUUGAUACUAACCGAACCGAUAAAAUAAUGGAUGGUAGAUUAUACUACAGAAUUGACCUUACUGUCUACAAAGUCAAAGAAGAUGCCGAGCCAAACAUUCAGGAUAUAAUUAGAGAAUGGUUAAUUCAAACCAUGGGAGAUUGGAAUUACACUGUCUGUGUGGUUAGGAUAAGUGUUCAACUAAAUACAGUAAAAAAUGGAUCAAGAGAAAAGAGAAAUGUUGGUCAUCAAAGUUUUGAGGUCCGUGCACUUUUAGCUUACAAUUCUACCAACAAUGUAAGUUUAGAAGAGCAAACAAUUAAGAAGAAACUCCUAAGCAGUAAUAUCACAGACGGCUUGAGACUCCAUGAAGUGAAAGUUCAUUCAGUUGAAAAAUGUGAAGCUCAAGAACACCCUCUAAAUUACCCCUGGAAAGAAACCAGACCAGGCGAGACUGACACCACAGCCUGCCAGGGCAACCCCACCCAGAUUGCAUCAAGAACAUGCUUUCUAAACAUGGAUAAUUACACAUCAUAUUGGGAUACUCCUGAUCUUAGAAACUGCACAGAAAAUGCUGCUGAUAUAGCCAAUCAGCUACUGAAUCUUACAGGAGAAGGACAACAGUUGACUUCAGACAAAGUCAAUGAUGUGAUCCAAAAACUAAAAAAAAUUGUGAAUGAUGAAGAAAUCAAUGAAUCUUUGGGUUCUACUGUGAUCACAAUAUUUUCCAAUAUUUUAACUAGUUCGGAUAACAUAUUGGCUGCAUCAUCUUCUGAAGCUAUAAAGACAAUCGAUGCCUUGGCAUUGAAGAUUCAGUUUACAGGUCCCUCCAUGAGCAUCUCAACCCGAAACUUAGCACUUGGAGUUUCAUCCUUGAAUUCAUCUUUAUUCAGUGGAUCUUCCUUCAGUGUUGGUCCCCAGAGCAAUGCUUCAGAUUUUCAGAUUGAUUUUGAUAAAAAUCAAGAAAAUUCCCUUGCUACUAUUACUUUGCCUCCAAGUUUGUUAAGGAAUUUAAAUCAAGAAGAACGUGAAGCUAUAUCCAGGGCUCAGUUCACUUUUUUCAAUAAAAAUGGACUCUUCCAGGAUACAGGAGCUCGUGGCAACUUAACCAGUUAUGUGGUAGCAUGCAGCGUGGGGAAUACCACUAUCCGUGAUCUCAAGGAAGCUGUGAAAAUUACAAUUAAGCAUACAUUUAAACAUGACAACAUUCAGAAGGCUCCUAAUGCUACUUGUGUCUUUUGGGAUAUGAACAAGAACAGAGGCCAAGGUGGAUGGAAUGAUACAGGCUGCUAUGCACUUGCAGAGUCAAAUGAGAAUGAGACUAUCUGUCUCUGCAGUCAUCUGACACACUUUGGUGUAUUGAUGGAUUUGCCAGGAACAGCUUCACAAAUAGAUCCUGGAAAUACCAGAGUCCUCACUUUCAUAACAUACAUUGGUUGUGGAAUAUCUGCCAUAUUUUCUGCUGCAACUCUUCUGACAUAUAUUGCUUUUGAAAAACUGCGAAGAGAUUAUCCUUCUAAAAUCCUAAUGAAUUUGAGCACAGCUUUGCUUUGCCUGAAUCUGGUCUUCCUCCUUGAUGGUUGGAUUGCAUCAUUUGACAUAGAAGGCCUCUGCAUUGCUAUUGCAGCCCUCCUGCAUUACUUCCUUCUGGCGACUUUCACCUGGAUGGCCCUGGAAGCUGUUCAUAUGUAUAUAGCUCUAGUAAAAGUGUUCAAUACUUACAUUCGCCGAUACAUAUUAAAAUUUUGCAUCAUUGGUUGGGGUUUACCAGCACUGGUGAUCAUUAUUAUUCUAGCAAGCACACAUGCAAAUACAAAUCAUAUUUACAACAAAGUUCUAUAUGGCAAAAAUAAUAAGGAACAAGAUGGAGAUGAUUUCUGCUGGAUUAAUAACAGUAUUGUAUUUUACGUGACUUGUGUUGGCUAUUUUGGAAUCAUGUUCCUCAUGAACAUUGCCAUGUUUGUUGUGGUGAUGAUGCAAAUAUGCGGACGAAAUGGCAAACGAAGCAAUAGGACUAUGCGGGAAGAGAUCCUGAGGAACCUUCGUAGUGUUAUUAGCCUGACCUUCCUCCUAGGCAUGACGUGGGGUUUUGCUUUUUUUGCCUGGGGGCCUCUAUAUCUUCCUUUUGUGUACCUCUUCUGUAUUUUCAACUCAUUGCAAGGUUUAUUUAUAUUUAUAUUCCACUGUGCAAUGAAAGAAAAUGUGCAAAAGCAAUGGAGAAGACAUCUUUGUUGUGGAAGAUUCAGGCUGGCAGACAACUCAGACUGGAGUAAAACAGCAACUAAUAUAAUAAAGAAGAGUUCAGACAACCUGGGGAAAUCUUUAUCUUCCAGUUCUAUUGGUUCUAAUUCAACAUACCUGACUUCAAAAUCAAAAUCCACAUCAAACACCUACCAUAAAAGGAACAGCCAUUCUGACAAUGUUUUUCUUGACAAGCCUUCACCAAAAUACACCCAAGUGGACACGGAGCAGACGUCAAUCAUCCCAGUUUACCAAGUCAUUGACAAAGUGAAGGGUUACUACAGUACCCAGUCAGACAAUUUCUAUAGAAAUAUGAUCAUGUCAGACUCCCUGAGCCACAGUACAAAAUUCUGAAUGUCUGGGCAUCUGGAAGAAGAGAAAGCAACAAACAGAAUGACGAUUCUAAAUGUUGGAUUUGGUGACUGGCUGAAGAAAUAAACUCUACCAAAGUGUUGUGCUUUAUCCAGUUACAUUAGUUGUUCGGCGACAUCCUUGCUAUCUAUGGUUGGAGAAACAGAACAUCUAAUUAAUUCUCUCCACUGACCCAGUAUUGAUGCUGACCUCUCUCAUCACAACAGUUCUCAAGUUUCUAUCAGUGACAUGUUAAUUAAUCCCAUUUGUAAUCUUGCAAAAUUAAAAAUAUUGUAAAGCCCAAGACUAAAGCUUUGUAACUUCCAAAGACAUUUUAAAAGCAUGUUGUUAAGAAGUUGUAUGGAAACCUACAUUCUUGGAAGUUUUCCUCUCUGUUAUGUUUGUGUGUGUGUGUGCGCGCGUGGGUGUGUAGCCUUUUACAGGGAGUGCUAUUCAAUUGUGCCUGUCCAUAGGUAGAAUGGAUCCCCUUUCUUCAUAUAACCAAAUCUACUAGGGAGUGUAAAGGGAUGACAGAAUAUUCUGCUUGCGGCACAAGCAGAAGUCUGCUUGCGCAACGCUAGCGGUAUCAUGGAGGAUUUUAUAGAUUUUUUUUCUCCACAGACAAGGCAAAGAAAAACUAUUUUUAGUGAAUUAAUACAUGUUUGUGCCUAAUUACAGAAACCAAAAGUGUUUCAGAGGUUAUCUUAUUCUUGAUCUUAACUCUUGCUUGCAAACUCUGGGCCAUAUUUAUAAUUGUAUUAAUGGCAGAAGUAUUGAAGUAUGCUUCUUUGCCUUUAGAAGAGCUUAAUGAUGUGUUUUAUGUAACUUGAAAGUUUGCCUAGUCCUAGACCAAAAGAAACUGAGCAGUUGAAUGUGUCACUGUUUUUAUGCAUCUUCAUCAUGAUCAAAGAAUAGAAAUUCUGAGUCAGCCCAAGUAUACAUAAAUUUCCAUGGGUUCCUCCUAAUUUGUUUUAUUUUUCACAUCCUUAUACAUGUGGAACUCCAGGCUGGAACUUGAAGGUUUUCUGUUGAUUCCUGCCUUAAGAGCAACGCACAUAUUUAUUUAGAAUGUUUGCAAAUUUAAAAAACGACUCCUCAUUAUGUAAGAGGAAAUAUCCAUUUAUAUGGGAAAUCCAUAUGUUCACUGGCCUGCACAUUGGAGCUCAUGUUUAUUAACCUGUACAAUUAUAUACAACAAUGCAUAAAAUGAUUGAUAUAAGUAUUGAUUGUGUCCCAUCAAGUCAAUGUCAGCUCUUAGAUCUUUUCACCCAGAUAGACCUUUUCCAAGAUAAGUAUUGAAACUUACCUAUCCAGAAAUCUGUAUAAUUUCAAAUACGUGCCGCUGCUGAAAUAACUGAGAUACUCACAUGUAAGUAUAGUAGUCAUACCGUCAUCUUUACUUCCCUUCAUACAAUGUUUUGAAUUACAGACUGUGUCAUUACAUACUCUGAUUGUAGCACAUGUACUUAGAUUUACUAAAGUCAGUAUGCCUCAUCCUUAAAGGGGAAGCAUGUUAUGUUCAUUGUUUCACACAAUUUCUCUUUGGAUGAAAUUAGUUAAAAUAAAUGCUCCAAAUAUCAAAAAAUUACAUGCGAAAUAUAAAACAAUCUUUGUCACUUGCUCAAUUCUUUAAUAACUCUUUACUGUGUGCUACGUUAUUUAGUCUCCCAGUAAUUCAUAGUAUAAUCUUCAGUGUGUCUUCUCAGAAGCAACUCCCAUUAAAUACAGUGGGACUUACUUUAAGGUAAAUUUGUACAGAACUACAACUGCAAAUUUUAUCACUCACUGAGAAGCGGUCAUAGAAUACCCCUGUAUUUCUAUUGCAAUGAUCUCUACAUGCUUACUUUCAAAAUACAUUUCAAAUGUUUUUCUUCUGCUGUAUUGUAUCUGUUUAAGAACUACCAUUUAUUAAUUUUCACCAUCAGAAUUGUCAAAUUAAGGUGCCCUGUAAAGCUGCUUGACUUCAAACUAUUUAAUCUUUUUUUUCUUAAUCUCUAAAAGGAAUUAUUUAUCGCAGGUUAUGGAUUUAACUUUAUGUGCGUGAAUGAUUCCUUAUGACAUCAAAUUAUACCAGAGUCUGAUGGGAUCAAACAGCUUUACUAGGGAGAAUAUUUUGUUCACAUGUGCUUUCUAAAAAAUUAGUAAAUGUAUAUCUCUUAAUAGAUUUCAGAAAGUAGCUUGUGUGACAUUUCUUCUGGAUAAAAAUAUUCAAAAUGAGAAAGGAAAAUGUGUUUCUGAAUAUGGUAAUUGGAAGUAAAUAAAAUUAAAACGAUAAAUAAGGCUUCACUUUCAUUAGAGAAGAUUGUUAUACUUUAGUUUUUCCUUAAGACAGUUUCAUCUGACUAGCAGAUUAAUGUGAAAUUUGCCUGUAUUUUCACUAAAUUAAGAAUAUUCUUUCUCUUUACUACCAUGUAGUAAUCCUUAAAAAUCUAUUUCAGAUGAAUAUUUUCCAGUGCUCUUCUUUCAUCAUAUUGUCUUUCUAUGUAAAACUUUGAUUUUCUUAUCAGCAAAGUCUAACUUCCCUUGUAUAUAUUUAUUUAUUUCUGAGAUUCAAACUAUGUAAGCAUAUUUCAGCUGCAUACUGGCAAUCCUUGUAAUUAUAUGCAAUCUUUAAGUCAUUGGGAAAAAAUAGCAUGAGUGAGUAUGUCUGGGCAUGUUGGAUUUGCUAUGUGUACAGCUUAUUGGAUAAGCUUUUGUUUAUGAGGGAAAUACUGAUAUAAUUUCAAAUAUUAGUUUUUAGAGACUAGUGAUACAAUUUAUAGAAAGAAUUGUAAUAUCAAUAG